AUGAAGUUCCUGUUCACGGCUGUGCUGGCGACCGUUAUGACAGCGGUCUCCGCUGAGCUUGGUUACCAAUACGAUGAGGUCGACUACGUGGGUUUCUCGUGCAAGCGUGCGCUUUCAGUGACUGCCAAGUUCUGUAAGGUCGACACAGCUACGUCGUAUGACUGUUAUUGUGAGGAGCCUAAUGCAAUUGCCUCGUUCUUUUCCUGUACGAAUGAGAACCUGAAGAGCAGCAAAAACCGUAAGGCGAUGGAAGAUUUCUUCCAGUUCCGUUGUCCAAACAUUACCGAUUCAGAGAUGAGAUCUGUUACUCAGAACCUCAGCUCCAGCCUGGUCAACACCUCCCUAAUAUCAGGAUUCAACAAAACCAAGCCUGUCACAUAUCCCGUCUACGCUAACAAGACUGCUUACCAGAUUUCCUACGACUCCUACAAGACGAGAUACAGUCAGUUCAGGAUGGGCCAACAUUAUGGUGCGGCACUGGUUGGAUACUGGGGGAUCAUCAUGGUUUGCGGAAUGCUGUCCAAUCUUUUCUGCAAGUUUGCGCCUAACCUGGCUCUCUCGCUCAACAAGAAGUCGUCCCAGCUGGCGCCCGUGCGCUUGUACCGCAAGCACAUUUCUAUCCCUGCCACUUUCCGUUCUAAGCACACCACCAGAAACUUCGUGAAAGGCCUGAUCCCAACUCGUUUGGAGUCGCUAAUUAUUUUUGGCUUCGUUGUCCUGUGUGUUAUAUUCCAUGCUGUGAAUUUCCAUUCUGUUCCAAACAAUAUUCUGUUCACAACUAAGCCGUUAGAGAUCUCGAGGCACGUCGGAGACAGAAGUGCUAUGCUAGCGAACUACUUGAUGACUUUAACCUUUCUGCUUGCGGGCCGCAAUCAGAUAUUUAUUACGCUCACAGGCUGGAAGCAGUCGACGUUCAUGACAUACCACAAGUGGGUUGGACGUAUGCUUUUCUGUAGUGUUCUCGUUCACACUAUUUCGAUGUUCACCUACUCUCUAAUGAGGGACUACUACACCUACUGGGCCGCUGAGGAAUGGUGGAAGUAUGGUGCCGUCGCGGUUGUCGCGGGAGGUAUUAUUGCCAUACAAUCCUUCAGCUGGUUCCGCGAGUGGAACUACGAACUUUUCUUAUAUGUGCACAUAGCCACUGCGAUUGCCUUCCUUGUGGGAGCUUGGAGACACAUCCACUAUUUCCAUUACGCUGAGUGGGCGUACGCCACCGCUGCCGUUUGGUGUUUCGAUAGAUUUGUCAGACUGGUGCGUAUUUUCAUGUUCGGUGUCAAAACUGCCAAGGUCGGCAUUGUCUCUGAAGAAACGUUGGUAAUCACCGUAAACAAAGGAUCCUGGUGGCCAUUUUUCCCAGGGGCCUUUGGUUACCUGCACAUCAUGAAGUUGAACAUUUUCUGGCAGUCUCACCCUUUCACUGUUGUGAAAACCGACAAUAACGAAUUGCGCUUCUUCAUCAAAAUCAAGAGGGGCGCAACCAAAAAGCUGUACAAUCAGUUGCUGAAAGAGCCUAACCAUGAAAGCGAGAUCAAGGUUGCGUUGGAAGGCCCUUACGGUGACAAGAAGCCCGUUGAGGCUUAUGACCAAGUCCUACUGUAUAGUGGUGGUAACGGUAUCCCCGGACCAUUCGCAUAUGCCAAGGAGCUUGGCGAAAUCUCUAAAGAAGCUAAGAGCAAGUUUGUCAAGCUUUACUGGGUUAUUAGACACUGGAACUCGCUGGAUUGGUUUCUGGAUGAGCUCAUGAUCCUCCAGCGGUUCAGCAACGUCCAAACUAUUAUUUACGUUACGAGGGCUGAUGAUGGCAAGGUUGGCGAGAAACUAGCGCACCACUUUGACCAGGGCGAGUCCGAAUCGUCCGAAGGCGAAAAGGGUUCGAAUGUCGUUGCUACCACCAUUUCCGACUACGCUGAGACCAUGCAAAAGGCACUGCCUCAUAUUGAGUUUAGGAAAGGAAGACCCGACAUCGCAGCGCUUGUUGAGCAGGACAUUGAUGAGUGCCACGACCAGAACGCGGCCAUCAUCACUUGUGGUCACAACGAGAUGUGCGACAGAAUCAGACAAACCGUGGCCGUCAAGGUGGGCGACCAUAAAACCAGUAGAAUCGAUUUCUUCGAAGAACUCCAAACUUGGUGA